ACCAGAUGUUGAUGGAAGCUUGGACCCUGUUCGUUACCGUUCAAAUGUUUCGUGUUUGCGUUGCAGAACCCAAGCCGCUUUCUGAAAUUCCAGCUGUAGUGACUGCAGAUAUCGGUCAGAUGGUUGAACUCUCCUGCGAACUCACGUACAGAGUGGAGGUCGCAAGCAAUGUGUUCUGGUACAAACAGCGUGCGGAUGAACCCCCGGUAGCAAUCAAAUCCACGGAAUGCAAAGAAAACGGCUGUCGGACCACUUACAAAAAAGGCUCCGGCGAUCGCACAUCAGUGCUGGAACUCCGGGACGUCCGUGUGGAGGAUUCGGGUUCCUACUACUGUUCUAGAAGGCAUUCGCGGCUUGCGAAGGGACCCACGCUCCUGGUUGGAGACAGCUCCACCAACCGGACCUACAUGCAGGUAUUUGUCCCGCCGUCUGAAAGGACCGGGUCGGUUCACCUGGCGUGUCUGGUCGGCGGACUUUCUUCCAUCCAGAUUGUCAUUUACUGGAACAUAUCCGGACAGAUCAUGGAAGGAUGGAGCGAUACCGGCAGGCUUGACCCAGACCAGAGCUAUAGUGUUAGAAGUCAGGUGCCGGUCCCAGUGGAAACCUGGAUGAGCGGCGGAGACUGCACCUGUAUCGCACAACUCGGGGGUGCGGGAAAGAGCAUAAUCAAGAGCGUGUCCCAUAUCACCAUUGAACCAGAUCAAGGCUGGUGUCCUCCCACAGCGAUCCUCCUUGGGAUCCUUGUCUUCCUGGUUAUCCUAAUUAUUAUUCGGAUCUCUAAACAACGGAGAUCAGGGGCCCAUCGUCAAUUGGCGACGCACCAAGUACACGGCACUGCGGCUCAGUCCCAAGCGCCGAUCGUUUACGCCUCUCUCGAGUUCGGUGCAUCAGCCUCUCCCCUCAGAUGAGAAUCUGGUUGAAGGAUUAAGAAGAAAUGGGCCGAACCAGGGGUCACACUAAAACCUACUGAACAAAUCAUCUGACGCUGCUGGAUUGACAAGAUUUGUGCGGGCUCCUUUGAUACGUCAAUAGAAUGUUGGACUAACAUUGAAGUCGCGAUUCUGGUGUAUUCGAAACCUUAAGUGAAGAACAGUCUUUUUGCAUAGUUUGCG